AUGAGGAUCUAUGCGUGGAUUAUUGUUGCGCUUGUUGCCAUUACUUUAAUUUCAUCUGUCCUACUGGUAUGCUUGAUUCUGAUUCUGAAACUAGCAAAAAAUCGAGUGCGCGAUUCCGGACGUUCCAUAACUGUUCGACCAAAAAUGGCCAGCCCAAUCGAUGCAUACGGUAUGAUUUUGAUUCGCUUUUUUGUCAAUCGAAAAAGCAUCAUAUCGAGGCCAGAAUAUGAUACGCCGUAUGACAGAAUAGCAAGUCCAUCGGUGAUUGUGAUGCCUGAAUAUCCCGUACAGAACAGCAGUAAUAGUAUCAGGGAGCCUGAACGAUAUCGGUCGUCCAGCACGAAAUCGAAUGGAAAGCCUGAAAGGCAACGUUAUACAUUUUCAAGUCGUUCGAAACGACGAAGCGAGCAUUUUGUGGAUCGCGAUCCGCCUUCAGAUGAGUCCAGAUGCGACUAUCUGGAUCCGCUGGAUUUGGAUCUCGGAAGGCUUCACCAGAUCUACAUUAGCAAUAACAAUAACAACAACAACAACAACAACAGUGUUGUGUCCAAGGAAACGAAACGGCCGCCAAUCAGUUAUUUGAUGUCCACCACUUAA